AUGAAUCUUUUGCUGACCUCCCUGCUGAUUUUGGCUGUUAUUUUCAACCUUGCCACUUCCCAUUCGAGUUCAUCUUCUUCCGAAUCCAAUGAACAUCACCAUCGUCGUCACCGAAGACCGAAAUUUGGUUAUCAUCCACACGGAUAUCAAGAUAGUAGUCACUCUGGAUAUCACGGGGAUCACUCUUUCAACGGCGGAUAUCAUCAAAAUUAUCACGGAGGACACGAUGUGAUUCCCGGAGAAUACAACAAUGGACAUAAUGCAGGAUAUCAGGGAAAUCCAACAGGAUACAACGCCAAUUAUCAAUCGAAUCCUUGGGGGAAUAAUAGAGGAUGGAUUCAAGUAUAA